AUGCUUCUCGAGCAGGACUUCCAGGGAUUUAGUUUUGACUUGUUUCUGCGCAACCAGCAGCUUUUAAGACGCUGGUCUAACGAAUCCAAGGAGAGGAUCGAAAACGUCCUGGCAAAGCCGCCACGCAAAACCGGGACGACCAUUGCUGGCGUACUCUUCGCUGGCGGUGUCGUGCUCGGAGCAGACACGCGCGCGACGGAAGGAAACGUUGUGGCUGAUAAAAACUGCAGCAAGAUUCACUACAUAGCAUCAAAUAUUUACUGCUGUGGAGCUGGAACGGCUGCGGACACGGAAGCCACGACGCAGUUGAUCGCGAGCCAAAUGGAGCUGCACCGGCAGGCCGUCGAUCGCGACUUGGUUCCGGUGGCCGCUGCAAUGACGAGAUUAAAACACUACUUAUUUCGCUACCAAGGAUACAUAUCCGCGGCGCUUGUUCUAGGUGGAGUUGACGAGCUGAAUGGCCCUUCGCUGUACACGGUAUACCCGCACGGAAGCGUUGACCAGUUGCCCUAUGUAUCAAUGGGUAGUGGCUCGCUAGCGGCAAUGGCUGUGUUUGAAGCGCGUUGGCAUGAAGCGCUCACUGAAGAAGAGGCAAAAUGUCUUGUAUACGAAGCGAUCUCGGCGGGAAUCGAGAACGACCUGGGCUCCGGUUCUAAUGUUGACCUGUGUGUCGUGAAGAACGGUGGCAGGGCAGUCGAUUACCUGCGGGGCUAUGCGAAGGAAAACGUUCGUGUUUACCGAAAACCUACAGGGCACGUGUUCGCGCGUGGCACGACAGCUGUCCUUGCACAAGAGCUGCGCAAAUACGUUCAAGUAACGCGCGUCGUCUCCGAUUUGUGA